CGGUCGACCCGCCACGCUGCGAGCUUUGCCGAGUACGUGUGUGCUACGAUUUGUCUCUCUCUCUUUUUCUUUCUUUCUACUUCUCUUCCUUCGCUCGUCUCUGCUUCUUCCCAUCUUUCACCUUACAUCUUUAGCUGCCUUUUUCUAUCACAUAUAUACGUCGCUUCCCUUUCUUUUCUAUCUUUCUUUCCCCCUUUUUUCAAUCUCGUUUCUCAUUCUGAUUAAGUCACUGUUCUUUAAGAAAAUUAACAUGAUCCCUUAUACAAUGUAAAGAGAGAAAUGAUGAGAUUUCUCUCUCUCAUUACUUGGCUUACUAGCCGAAAUAAACCGAAUUCGUGAAUCGAAGCUUAUUUUAUAUUUUUCUAUGGAAAAGGGAAGAGAAAAAAAUAAUAGAAAGGGGAAAAGAGAGGAUGAUAGAAAGAGAUAAGCGCGAAAUCGACUUGGAGGGUCGAAGCUCCAGGUUCGGAGCUUGCGCCGGUUCGCUAGGAGCUCGGACUCUCGCGUAUGACAAGCGCAGGGGAUCUUUCCAAUUUUCACAUCGCUGUCAAAUGUCUGAUAAAAUCAAUUCAUAAUUAAUCUUGCCAGGUUGCUUUGAUGCUAAUAAAUGUGUGAGAUAAAAGAAAGCGUUGACUUUUGCACAAAUUCCCUCUACACAUUUCAAGAGCAGGAUCGUACAGAGAACGUUGAAACGCUGAAAUGUGUCAUCGGCGAUUCCUGCGUCGUGCACUUUCAAUCAUUGAAUUGAAUUUCGUUUGAGCGAAAUCGAAUAAAGAAUCCAUGGAUUUUGUAAUCUUAGUGUUGUGGAAUAUCAAGUCGCAAAAAUUGACGGAAAAAUCCGAAAAUGCUCCUCGAAAAGAGUGAUACGGCCGAGGAGUUGUACUGGACGAUCCGGUCUUGUCAUAGAAAGUGCGCGUUGUCGACAUGUGCAAUUUGAUGAACUACGCGACGCGAUAAUGAAGUGAUCCAGUAAUUCAGUGAUAACGUUUACCGUACACAUGUGCGUAAGUGGCGACAAGUGCAUGUGCAUUCAGAGAACGGGCUUUAUGCUUGGCAACAACAAUUUGACUGAAAAUCGUAAGGGAUUAAGAAUCACACAGGAUUUCGUGGAGGACCAAUUUAUGUGAUUGAAUGCCGUUCUUACUUCGGAUGCGAUUCCAUGUCCGGUCGAAACUUUAAGUCUUACUUCUCGAACCCUUGUCAUUUCUGGAGGGUCAAAUCGAUAUUCGACACCAGGGUCGCUUGGCAGUCCGAUAUUGCGCACAUCUCCAGUUAUAAUGUUCUCACCGAAGGAUUCUUUAGGCUGACCAAAGCUACCGUCAGAAUAAUUGACCCAAAUAUACCACAAAAAUAGUGGAUCAUAAAUUACACGGGCUUGACGAGAGUGCACUUGACACAGCACUGAUGGUCGCUACAUGACUGUUAUACAGAGAAAGACGGAGAGAGGAGAAACAGUGACAAAGAGGAACGGUGGGCAAAAGGUGGGGAAAAAAGAGGACAUUCCAUUGAAGAUUACCAGCUCUCUUCCGACGUGUCCUCAUUUUGAAUACAAACGAAUGGAAAACUGCCGUACCAGCUGAUAUGCGAAUCUUGAAGAAAUUGCAACAAUCAAAGUGAUUAUCCAGAGGAGUGCAUAGAUGACAGCAAAAUAAGAUAAGAUUGUGCUAGAAACGAGCCAAAUCUUUUUUAUGACGCCUUUUAUGAGUCAGUUUCGUUAAUCUUGUAACUUUAAUUAUGUUGACUAAUAAGUCUAAGAAGAACAAAUGUGUAAAAAAGAAACAUUCUUUCUCUCAAUUCAAAAAUGAAUGCCUGCCUUGCGCGUCGAUUGAUUGGGACUUCCGUCACCUAAAAAGCUCACCUUCUCGGAACUCUUCCGUUUGACCGAGAGGAUAGAUCAACGAGUGGUCAACGCUCGGUGACGGCAGAGACCGUCACUGAGUGAGGAUGACCGCAAAAACGACAUUCGACCCAGCGGAGAUCUCUUCGUUCGAUAUGACAUCAAUGCUGGAUGUCACUUCGACUGAGGAGGAUCCUUACGUCAAUAACACUGAAGUGAACGUCGUGGAGAUCAAUUGGCCGGACUUGUCAUCAGUCAUCCUGAAAGUCUGCAUCCUUGGUUCAAUUAUCACCACGGCUUUGUUCGGUAAUCUCCUUGUAAUGGUGUCCGUGAUACGACACAGAAAACUACGUAUCAUAACGAACUACUUCGUGGUCUCGCUAGCAUUGGCGGACAUGCUCGUAGCGAUGUUUGCAAUGACCUUCAACGCCAGCGUCCAAAUAACUGGCAGGUGGCUCUUCGGCUACUUCAUGUGCGACGUUUGGAAUUCCCUUGACGUAUAUUUCAGCACCAGUUCGAUACUUCAUCUAAUGUGUAUCUCGGUGGAUCGAUAUUACGCAAUCGUGAAGCCGCUCAGAUAUCCCAUUAACAUGACGAAAAGAGUGGUGGCAUUUAUGCUGCUCGCUUGCUGGCUAGCGCCAGCCAUUAUUUCCUUCGUGCCAAUUUUCUACGGUUGGUACACUACGGAAGAGAACAGUGUGCACAGGCACAAACAUCCGGAACUAUGCGAGUUCAAAGUCAACAGAAUAUACGCCAUACUUUCAUCCAGUAUAUCCUUCUGGAUACCAUGCACCAUUAUGAUGGUCACAUACUUUGCAAUAUUCAAAGAAGCUAAUAAGCAGGAAGAGCAAAUGCUCAGCAGGAUGGGUAAUGCUAUGUUACUUAGUCACAGACCGAGCAAGGAUCUUAAUAAUUUAAACGGAGAACUGAAUAAUGGCGGAUCGUCGAAAACGCUAACAUUGAACGAGAUUAACACCGAUCAUUUGCACACACCCACGAAAGAUAAACACAUGAUGAAAAUGAAGAGAGAACAUAAAGCGGCAAGAACGUUAAGUAUUAUUAUGGGUACUUUCAUCCUCUGUUGGCUGCCAUUUUUCCUCUGGUACGUCGCUACGGCGCUAUGCGGCAAAAGCUGUCCGUGUCCCGACAUCGUGAUUGCGAUCCUCUUCUGGAUUGGAUACACAAAUUCGGCAUUGAAUCCAUUGAUCUAUGCGUAUUUUAAUCGUGACUUUCGAGAAGCGUUUAAAAACACCCUACAGUGCGCUUUCUGUUCGCUCUGUAAACGCGAACCGUCCGAUCUCGAAGCGCUGGACUUUCGUCGACCAUCCCUCAGAUAUGACGAUCGCACUAAAAGCAUAUAUUCGGAGACAUAUAUGAAGCACAUCGACCGACGAAGAUCGAGUGAGUUUGGAAGCAGUCUUUGAGACAAAACAUAUAAACUUUAAUGCAAAAAGCAGCGUCUCUAAACAGUAUGUAAACACAUUUAACAUAUAUCACAUAUACAUACGCGCACACCAAUAAAAACGUAAUCAUAAUACAUACAUAAAUGACAUACAUACAUACAUACAUAUAUAUAUAUAUAUAUAUAUAUAUAUAUAUAUAUAUAUAUAUAUAAGUUGACGUAAAACGAACCUAUUUCGCCUAAAUCUUCCAAAAAGAUUCAUCGUUUUACUUACAUGCCGACGAUAAUUAUGCGCGACAUACAUUGCAUGAACCUUGAAACUCGUAUGUAUACAUUAUGUCGUAUUGCCAAAGUUAGUUUUUUUAAGCAAGCUUUUGUAGCCAAUGAGAAGUGUGUCGUGUUUCGCGAGGAUCAAUAAAAUCAUGUCCGCGGAGGAAGGAAGGAGGUUCCGACUGAACUACUGAACGUUGCUGAGCACUUUGCGAGAAGAGGCAUUUCGUUUCUGUGGGUACCCUGGUAGAAUAUCUGAACGAAUAUAACUUUGAGAAGUUCGAAGACGAUAGAAAGCCUGGUUGGUCUUGUAAUAUAUAUCUCGUAUAUAUAUCUCUUAAUGUACUUCUCUUGCGAGUCAAAAAGAUGUAUCUUUGAGGAUCUCUUUUCUGAUAUGAGUCUCGCGGUUUUUUUGAUAAAAUUGAAUUUUCUUUAUAUUAUUUCAAGUUUUGUAUUAAAUCCGUUCUAUUUUUUCAAAAACAAUCUAGCUUGAUUAUUUACUACUGAUUACUUAUUAUUAGAGAUAGAAAUACUAGAAAACGUUUUGUAAUUUGACGUAUGCGACAGUAAAGAAAAUUUAAUAAUAAUAUCGAACAUGUUGACAACCAAAAAUAAUUAUUUAUUAAAACAAAAUAUUAUACAUAUAUACAUGUAUGAGAAUAAUAAAUUUUAAAUUAAUAUAAAUGCUCAUUCAUAAAUAUAAGACUAAUGAUUUAAAGUAGUACAUUAAAUUUUCAUUUUCAUACACACAAGCACACAUAUAUACAUAUGGAGUGUUUUGUAACAUGUAGAAUGCAUUUCAAAAAUGCAUUUAAAAUCUGAAAAUAAAAAAAAUAAUUGUACAAAUUUAUGUAUAUCAAAAAUCGCUUUAUUUUCAAAUUACAGUUAUCUUUGUAUUUUAGUUACUAUUUAAAGAAAGUUUUAAAAAUGAUUUUUUUGCGACAGAAUACAAGCCCAGAAAAUGUCUUAUCAUAGAUCUCUCAUUCUAUAAAUAUUUCAAGUGUUUGUAAAAUUGGUAAUCGCUCAAUUCAUUGUUGGAUCAUUCCAACGUGAUCAUGAAUUGAUGUUAAAUUAAAUAAGGAUUUAAAAUAAUUCCUGUAUAAAAAUGCUGGAACAGAGUACAAUAUUGCUUAAUCCUUUUACGAUUUUAUACUGUUUUUUCCAAAUACUUCGUAAUUCCGGGGCUUUUCCUCUUCGAGGAUUAAACAAAUAUUUUUUGUUUUUUUUUUUUUUUUACAUGAAUGACUUUGUAAUCGUACCAGAAUUUUGUUCGAGAAGAUUUGAUUUUCAAACGUCGUCUAAUUUCAAUUCUUAAUUUGCCGAUAUAAUUUCAAAGAUCUCAAUCGAAACCGUGCACGCGUAUGUCGGUGACAAAAAUUUGUAGAUAUUGAAUUCAUUAGGUACUUCAAAUCUAAUGUACGUAUAUUAAUUUUUGUUUCUCUAUAACAAUUAGUAGCAAUUGUUGUGCAUCAAAGUCGCACAGGAUUACAUACAAAAUAAUUGAUUAUAUCGUCGAUAAUGUAUAAAAACAAUUGCAAUUUGAAAACGAAGUGAUUUUGAUAAAAGCUUGUGCAAGCUUAAUUUUAUUGUUUUUUAAAGUUUUAAAUAUGUCAAUGAAGUGGAUUUCAAUAUUAUAAAAUAUCCUGUAUAUCAAGUAAUACAAUAAUUUUAAUUAUAUUUGAUGAUUAAGGUAUAACGUUUUGUUUUAAGAAAAUUGUUAAAUUAAAUAUCAUGUAUUAUAUUUUACUGUCAAAAUUAAUAAAAUUAAUAAAAGAAUUUAUAAGAAUUUUAAGAAAAAUUAAUAAAAGAAAAUGAGAAUUAAUCUAUAUGCAGAUAUGGAGAGAUCUAAAUUAGACACUUUAAUAUUUAGCCAAUUUGCUACUAGUCGAUAAUUAUUGCUCACCUGUGCAUUCACGACUACACGGGCAUGAGAUUAUUCAAUGGUUUUUGCUUGAAAUUAAAACAUAAUGACUUAAGGUCUUUUUAUGGCAUCUAAAUGUUAAUUCGUAAAUUGAUUUUAACUAAAAAAAUUUUUUUUUAGUGUUAGAUCACAGUUACAUCAAUGGGCCGUGAUGCAUAAAGCAUAACUGUUAUACUGUAAUUAUAUAUUAUUGUAACUUGUAAAAAUAUAUGAUAAUUGUAGUCUUAUUAUCGCGCUAUAUCUUAAGUGCAAAAAUUAAACGUCACUCUUAAUUAUAUUAGACAUUAUUAGAAAUUUCUGUUUUGAACGCGGAUUUUGUCAUCAUACUGUAAUUUAAUUUUGUUGUAAUAUUUCAUAAAAAUCUAUCUAAAUUUAUUGGCAUUGUUAUUAAAAAACUAUAAUAAUUUUUUCAAGUUUAACUUCAAAUUUCUCAAAAUUAUAAAUUAACGUAAUAUAAUAUUUAAGAGGCUGGAAUUAUGUUUAAUAUAAAAAAACUACAAAAAAAGAUUAAUUUUUUUCCUAAAUCUGAGAAAAAUUAGUUUUUGUUCGACUAUAGUAUUAUAGGCUUUCUCAGGAUUUGUAAUUGUUGUAAGCAAAACUUUUGCACGUCAAAGGAACUUUUAUAGAAGUUAUUGCGCUUCAAAAAAGUUUACGUAUUUAGUGUAAUGUUAAGUCGCGACAGUAUUAUUACAGUAUCGUUAAUAUACAUAUUAUACGAGAAUAAAUUAUCACUAUGUUAUGGUCAAUACGAUUCAGUGACUUAAGGCCAAUCGAAUUAUUCCAUGGAUAAUGUCAAGAUUAAAUUCUAAUUAACGCUCUGUUAUCGAAUAAAACGGUGCUGAAUGCAAUAUUAUGAUUCUUAGUUAUAAAUAAUUUAUAAAUAUAACUAUGUAAAUAAUUUUAUCGCUUCUUUUUUCUUGUUGCGGUGAUCGAGAACCGAUUACCGGUUACAGUAUUAUUUAAGAAUUAUAAUAAUUUUUUUGUUUUGCGAAUUUGCUAUUCAAAAGUGAUAUACUAGCAGAAUUUACGAGUUAUUUAUUGCUAUGCAUGUAUGUUAGACAAAUACUUAUUCUCUUUCUUUAUCUUUUCUUCUAACAAUACACUAUAUUUUCGAAGAAUAAAUUUUCGUUUUAUAAGCAACACGCAAACAUCAAUUUCUUUCGAUCAGCCAAGCGAUAAGAAAGGAACGAUUGAAAGAGCUUGUUUUUCAGAAUGAUGAACAAAACAAUGAUAACUGUAAUCCUAGCCCUUUAUUCAAAUUCAAUGAAUCUACGUUUUAUUCAUCCGUUUCCUCGUUCAUUCAACAAAGAAGAAGAAAUCAUUUAUAUGUAUCUUGUUUUUCCACUUUAUUUGAAAUUCCAAUCUAGAAUUUAAUCAUGCAAAUGUAGAAUCCACAAUAAUGCAAUCUUUGUUAAUUGUCGCACUGAUCAUUGAAUGAUAGCAAACACUCAGUAAACAAGAUUAAUUAUCGUUUAAGAUGUGUGCAAAUGUAUGAUCGACGCAAUAUUACAAAGAUAGCGACUGCGAUAAAUUAUAUAGCGUGUCCAUCAAUUUUUUGCUCUACAGUGAUACAGUGGCACUUGAACAUAUAAUGUGAUGCAAUCGGAUAGUAUUAUAUUAUGCUAAUUGGCAAUUAUUGUCAUUAGUAAUUAUGUUUUAUGAAAUUGUUUAUGAAAUUUGUUUAUGUAUAUACGAUAUCAAUGAAAUGCUCAAAAGUAUUAUUAUUUUAGUAAUCUUUGGCGUGCGUAAACUUUAAUUAAAUAAUUUUGAUUUUGGUCAAAGAUAAGCAAUUAAAUAAUAUUAUUUGAAUUGAGUUCUUUAAAUAGAAAUUAAACAUUAUAUCUUAUAGUAUUAAAAUGUUUUUUUAUCACUUAAAUCACGGAAAAAGUGGCAGAUAAGAGCCAAGGCGCGGUUAUUGGCGUGCAAACUUAUUAUUGUUAAAUUUUAUUAAUAGCUACAUUAAUGUAUUAUUAGGUCAUUAUUAAUAAAUCGCCGACGAACAUACGUGGGGUGAUGGUAUUUGGAUGUUGUCUAAUUUAUACACUAAUUUAUAUAUACUCUGGUUUUUACGCGGGUUUUAACGAGCUUUUCUUUCUGAUUAUUAAUUUUAAUUUGAAAUUUAACUGCAGCAACAAAUGUGCAUGUCAGGUUUUAAAAUUUCAAUUUAAGUUUUACAUAUUUAUACCCAAGCUGAAGAUGGACCAAAACGCGCCCCGAAACAUACAUUUUUAAUGCACAUUUGUUAAUAAAAUUUAACAAUAAUAUGUCCGCGAAUACCCGCGCUUUGGCUUUUAUCUGCCAAUUUUUCCCCUUAAUUAGUAUUCUGAGUUUAUUGCUGUUAUUAUUAUUUUUCUUUUAAAUGUCGAAUAGACUAAGAAUUAUAACAAUCGCUUAUCUUUGUUACCCCAAUAUUGCCAUUAAAGAAAAUGUACAUUAUUUUGAAUUUAAAUGGAGAGUAAAAUAUCGCAUUAUCGACAAAGAAUUGAAUCAACAUGUUCGAAAUAUUAUAUACAUAUAACGAAAAAUUUUCGCAAGAGCAAUUUCAUGGGAUAUAUAUAAGUUUAUUUUUUUUUUUUUUUACCGAUACUUGACUCGUAAAGCGCAAUUAUUAUUACAUAUUAGAAAGUAAAACUUCUCUUGUCGGAGAAAAGAACUGAAACGAUGCAAUAAUAUUCUUUUAUUAAGUCAUUUUCUCUAUAUCGAUGUAACAAAAUAUAUGAGAAAAAGAUUUGUUAUUAAUUUCUUUCAAAAAUAAUACGCAGUAGUUUUUAGUUUUUAUUGUAUCAUCUCUCAAAUUUGUUACGAUGUAAAUAUUUUGUUUUCUAUAUAUUUUACACUACAGAACACACAUUACACAAUAUAUUAUUUUACAUUUGUAUAAUAUUAAUUUUAAUAAUUCUUACAUUGUGCGUUGACGUAAUUGUAUUGUAAUAAUUUCGAAAAAGAUAAAAAAAAAAUUGAUAAUAAUUUGUUACAAAAAUAAUAUUCAGUCUUUCGAUUAAUAUAGAUGUUUGUUUACACGAGACUACGAUACGUUAUUCGCUUUUCUUCUGUGAUAAAAAUUAAGAACUAUCAGAUUUUAUAAUUCGUUAUUUGUAUACGAUUUGUAAAUAUACAUGGUAUCCCAUGCAAAUGGAUGAAACUGUAUCUUUAAAACGGUUAUUAAAAAAAUCAUAAAAAAUAAAUAUAACAAUUAAAUAUUUUUAAACUUUUUACAUUUCUAUAUCAUUUUUAUGCAUUUCUAUGUAUGCAUGCAGUUGUAUAUAUUUUUUAAAUAAAACACUAUAUUUUUGAUGCACUAAUUGAUGCAAUUUUUUAGUUUUUAAAGAUAUUUAUUAAAAAGUUGUUAAUUUAAAAAUUAUAUUAAUAUUUCAUAUUUACUAACAAUUAUAAAAUGAUUAUAAGCAUUAAUCACUUUUUAUUUUUGCAGAUAUCUAAUAAAAAUACAUAAAAAACAUCAAAAGAUGAUGCAUCUAAAAACCAUUUAAUUUUAUCUUUUGACAUUUUCUCUUUAAUCGAUUUAAAAAUACAGUUCUGCCUAGUUUUGCUUGCAUGGGAAUAUUUUUUGUGUGCGUGUGUGUGUGGACGCGCGUGUGUGUGUGUGUUAUUUCGUAAGAUAAAUAAUAAUUAUCAAAAAGACUAGCUGUGCAAUAAUUAUAUUAAAACAAUGUUUUUUUCCUGUUUUGGUAACAUAUUUAAUAAUCUUAAAAUGCGUAUUAACAAUCAAAUAGACAGUGUAGUGAUCGUAAAAAUUAUAGAAAACAUAAGCUAUAGAUAUAAAUAAUGUAAAAAGAAAUUAACAAAUUUCUUUCAACAUUUUUUUUUCAUUAUGUCGCAAGAUAGUAUAAUAUCAAUUAUUAUUGCGCGUUAUAUAAUAAUACACCAUAUCAUUAUAAUUUUUUAUCUAAUUUUUUACAUUACCUGCUUUUGAUUUUCCAUUUUAUUUGAGAAUGCUAUCGCAGAAAGAGAAGCGAUCGUUGAAAAGUAAGAUAUUCCGAAUGUGACUGCUUAGAUCUGAAAAAUUAUAUUUAAUAUUAAAUUAACAUUUAUAGCGAAAUAUACCAAUAUCAUCUCUGUCAAGAAUAUAUCAACGUCACGUUACAACAGACACUUUAUAUGCAUAAUAAUAGAAAAACUGCGGUUUCUUGUUCGUAUUUUAAAAAAAAACUAUGCCAUUCAAAUUUUGACAAAGCAUGUUGAAUGUACUACAAGUUAAUUGUAAAUCAAGAAACAUAUAUCUGCUAAUUAAAAAUAUAAAUCUUA